AUGAAGCUGACGAUGGACAGGGUUGGGGAGCCCGCGGACGGGAGCGAGAAGCGCCCGGACGUCUUGAUCGAGGGCACGAAGGUACAGCUGCGGGCCCACAUCGACAAGUCUGACAACACCGAAAUCAUGACGGACAUUUUCAUUGCUUGGGGCCGCAAGGUGGAGAAGGAGGUAAAUCUGCCGCCAGAAGCCAUCGCCCAGGCUUUCGACGACCUGUACAGAGAGGCGCAGACUCUGAUCGGGCAGGACGGACACGGCCGCGGCCACCGCGUCCAUCAGGUCGAUGCUGGCCGCGAUGCCGCACGCGGCGGCCGCUCGGGGUCCCCCGCCGCCUCCGCCGCAGGUGCCCCCGCAGCCGCCCGCGGGGAUGCUGGCGCCCGCCCCGCCGGAGACCUUCUGCGGCCUCCCGGGACAGGUUUUCCCGGCAACACAGCCCGACCCGGCCGCGCAGAUGGCAGCGCAGCAGUACAUGAUGGCGCAGGCGCAGCAGAUGAUGGCGCAGCAGGCCGCCUGGCACGCUCAGCAGGCGGCCGCCGCCCAGCAGGCGGCCGCCGCACAGCAGGCGGCGGCCCUGCAGCAGGCGGCCGCCGCCCAGCAGCUGCCGCCGCUGCUGGCGAUGCCGCCGCAGGGCGCACCGGCGCCCGCGGCCGCGCCCGACGGCGGCUCCGCGCCGGCGACGCCCCCGCGCAUGGGGCAGGGCAUGCGCGCCGACGCCCCCGCGUUCGACUUCACGCCGGAGGCGCCGGCGGCGCCAGCCGGCGGCGAGCCGCUCCAGAUGCUGGACCCAGCCAGCCAGGAGCUCUGGCGGAGAUGCCGGGCCAGGGCGAGUCGAGGAAGCAGUUCCAGAUCCUGGACCCCAGGACCAAGAAGCCGAUCGAGGCGAGGUCCCCGCUCGUGGAGCCGCUCAGGAGGGCGGAGCGUAAGGCCAUGGCCAUCAUCGACCCCGGCAGCGGCGACGUCGUUCGCGCCCUGGACUUCUCCCUCCCGAGGGGCGCCGGUUCCUUCACGAUCACCGACCCGCGCAGCGGCGCCGCCAUCAAGGCCUGA